AUGCCCAAACUGACCAGUCCGCAUAGCAAGGGAGACUGGACAAUGGAUUUGAACAGAGUGAGUGAGCCCAACCCAGUCGGGUCCGUGUGCAGACUGGCCCCCAUCUCUUUGUACACCCCUGGCAACAACGACUCGUCAGCUCUCUGCGUAAUACUUGCUAGGUUCACCAACAACAAUUUCACAACCUCUGCUUUCAUUUUCCAAUGUCUGUUUGGAGUGAAAACAGAGCACUCUGCUCGGUUAUCAGACCAAGUGGAGAAAGACAAAUCAGAGGUUUUAUGUUUAGGGACAGAAGAAGGGGAAGAAGUUUUCGUUGACUAA